AUGGGGGAGCCCUGGGCAGCUCGGGGCGCAGAAGGAGCGCCCGCGCGGAUGUCACUGGUGCUCACCGCGCUGUGGGUCGCCGUCGUGGUCCUGGAGCUGGCCUACGUGAUGGUGCUGGGGCCUGGGCCACCCCCUCUGGGACCACUGGCCCGGGCCUUGCAACUGGCGCUGGCUGCUUAUCAGCUGCUCAAUCUGCUGGGCAACGUGGGGCUCUUCCUGCGCUCGGAUCCCAGCAUUCGGGGGGUGAUGCUGGCUGGCCGCGGCCUGGGCCAGGGCUGGGCUUACUGUUACCAGUGCCAAAGCCAGGUGCCACCACGUAGUGGGCACUGCUCUGCCUGCCGUGUGUGUAUCCUACGUCGUGACCAUCACUGUCGCCUACUGGGCCGCUGUGUGGGCUUCCAUAAUUACCGGCCCUUCCUGUGCCUCCUGCUUCAUGCUGCUGGUGUGCUGCUCCACGUCUCAGUGCUGCUAAGCCCGGCCCUGUCAGCCUUGCUGCAGGCCCACUCCGCCCUCUACACGGUGGCUCUCCUGCUGUUGCCUUGGCUCAUGCUACUCACAGGCAAAGUGUCUCUGGCCCAGUUCGUCCUAGCCUUUGUGGUGGACACAUGUGUGGCAGGCGCACUGCUGUGUGCUGCUGGGCUGCUCUUCCAUGGGAUGCUGCUGCUUCGAGGCCAGACCACCUGGGAGUGGGCUCGGGGUCGCCACUCCUAUGACCUGGGCACCUGCCACAACCUGCAGGCAGCCCUGGGCCCUCGCUGGGCCCUUGUCUGGUUCUGGCCUUUUCUAGCUUCUCCUUUGCCUGGAGAUGGGAUCACUUUCCAGACUCCAACUGAUGUGGGUCUUGUGACUUCCUGAGUCCAGGUAGAGCCAGAACUGAACAGGGCAGAGGGGAGCAGAGAAGCAAACUGAGAACUUGUUUUUAGCUUCCUGCCAGCCACAGGAGAGAGGCCAGAUUGCCCGUGUGUGUGUAGCAGGCAGCUCCAGCUCCUUUGAAUCUGCCCAGUGUGGGCUCUUCCAUCUCUAUAGUUGGCCCUUGUGGCAGAGGAGGGUUUGGCAAGAGGGCUACUUGGCCUGACUGACUGCUCUUCUAUAGGCUAGUAAAUGUCCACCUGGUUCUUGGCCUCC